AAUCUCCUAAAAACAAGAUUCCUGUGGCCAAGAACCGGUGCAACGGUUCCAACUCUUCAUCUGAUUAAGUAGAGCCGAGGAAAGGUGUGACUUUUAGACUUAGAAAUUGUAAUUCUAACGUAGAAUUGCGUCAAGCAAAAAUCGCAACUCAACGACCUGGAACGAAGCAGGAGGAGGAGGCAGAUUCCGGGGACCAGAAGAGGCAACGGAGGGAGGCCAAUUUUGCAAAUUCGCUGUGUGUUUGAUUCUUUCCCCCCCUUGUGCUCACAAACAAAACGGCCAAUAAUCGGCGCAAGUUUGAAGAUUUGAAGUUCCUUCCUCAUUCGCGUGAAGUCGGUCGUAAGGGAAGGUGCUUCUCCAAGUGGCGGCGAUGACGACGAUGAGAAGGCACUAAAACUGUUCGUUUUUUAUGGUCCAAGGCCUAGGGGGCUUUAUCUAGUGGCAGCGGUGCUAAAACAGGUUUUGCCAAAUUUGAGAGGAGAAAUUCACAAAAAUUUGGCAUAAUUUAGCGAUCGAGUCAAAUUUGAAACCGAAAAAAGGUGCAGCAAACCUUCGAAAAUGGCGCAAUCAAAGCCGCUGAACCAGGUGUUCAGCUACCUGUCCUGGGUCCACGCAGUCUCCGGCGCUACGGGAAGCGUAAUUGCCAUGUCUGCCUUCUACCCCCUGGACACGGUGCGUUCCCGGCUUCAGCUGGAAGAACCCGAGCGUCGCAAAGCCCUCAGCACAUGGGAAGUCCUGAAGCAGUUAAUCGCCGAGGAAGGCUUCAACACGCUGUACCGUGGCAUUGUGCCCGUCCUGCAGAGCCUGUGCAUCUCCAACUUUGUGUACUUUUACACGUUCCACAGCAUGAAGGCGCUCCGGGCGGCAGCCGACGUCACUCCGUCGGCCCUGUCCGACCUGCUGCUCGGUUCGCUGGCCGGAGUGGUGAACGUGUUUUCGACGACCCCCUUCUGGGUGGUCAACACCCGGCUAAAGAUGAAGGGUUUGGGCCAUCGGGUCAAGGACAAUUCGACGCAUUACGAUAACCUGCUGGACGGACUGAUGUACAUUGGACGGACGGAGGGCGCCAAGGGGCUGUGGGCCGGGGCACUGCCAUCGCUGCUGCUGGUCACCAAUCCGGCGAUCCAGUUCAUGGUGUACGAAUCGCUGAAGCGUCGCUUGCUCGCCGACGGAGGCCGCAACGUUUCGUCCGUGACGUUCUUCGCGAUCGGUGCCGUGGCCAAGGCCGUUGCGACCGUGCUCACGUACCCGCUGCAGGUCAUCCAGACCAAGUUGCGCCACGGCAACACGGACAAGAGUCUGGAUCUGCCGCCGGACACGGACAUGCUGCAGAUGCUGCUGGUCAUGCUGAAGAAGCAGGGCCUGGCGGGGCUGUUCCGUGGGUUGGAGGCCAAACUGCUGCAGACGGUGCUGACGGCGGCGCUCAUGUUCAUGACGUACGAAAAGAUUGCGCGCUUUGUCACGACGCUGCUGGUGAGGGGCAGCGGACCCCGCAAGUGAUGGAGGUAGCUCUCUUAGAAUUCUUCAGUAGUUGAAGCAGGGCAUUAACAAAACCAUUUAUUAUUGUGUGUAUUACAAAAGCAAACUUUCCAUUCUAUCUACACAACCUUCAAUCUAGUCCCGCAAAGCACACAAAAACAUUCCAACAAAAGCUAUUUAUUUUACUUUUCUACAAAAAACUGAGCACGCUCUAGGCGCAAAGACGAAGAAAAUGUGGUGAUUUUAGCACGUAAGCGUUUCUGCGAAACCAAAUGGAAUAAGUUAUUUAAGUUUAAAAAAAGUGGAAUGGUGUAUUUUUCUUCUCUUAUUUGUUUUAAUUCUAACAACAAAAAAUAAAA